CAGGGAGGGGAACUGCACGUCUACUGGUUUUUGUUUUGAAUUGAGGAGACGCUGCUGCUGUUUAAGCUCUGUUGACAGAGGGACGAGUGAAAAUACAGCGCUGCAUGCUGAGGAUCGCAGGAUGGACUCCGGCGGGAAACCAUCAACCGCACAGAUCGUGGUUUUAGCCACCAGCUCAGCCCUGACUGCGGUCUUCUAUACAAUCUACAGGAGCAGAGCUACAACAGUGGCCAGAUUAAAGGAAGCCAAGAAAGUAACUAUUGACCAGGAUUUGAAAAACAUCCUGUCUGAAACUCCUGGAAGAUGUGUCCCAUACGCUGUCAUAGAAGGUGUAGUGAGAUCUGUGAAGGAAACUCUGAACAGCCAGUUUGUUGAUAAUUGUAAAGGCGUCAUUGAAAGACUGACCCUGAAGGAGGAGAAGAUGGUGUGGAAUCGCACCACUCAUCUCUGGAACAACACAGAGAAAGUCAUCCACCAGCGCACCAACACGGUUCCAUUUGCCCUCGGCUCUCACGAUGAAGACAUCGCUGCCACGAUACGAAUUGUACGUCCACUAGAUGCCGCGGAGUUGGACCUGGAGACCACCUACGAGAACUUCCACCCCACAGUCCAGUCCCUGUCCAAUGUUAUCGGCCACUUCAUCAGCGGGGAACGACCCAAGGGCAUCCACGAAACGGAGGAGAUGCUGCGGUUGGGAGACAGCGUCACAGGCAUAGGAGAGCUGGUCCUAGACAACAACCUGAUCAAGCUCCAACCUCCCAAGCAGGGCUUCCGUUAUUUCCUCACUCGUCUGGACUACGACUCCCUUCUGAGGAAGCAGGGGAAGAGCGUCAGACUGUGGAGGAUCCUGACCGUCGUCUUCGGCGUCGCCGCCUGCUCCACGCUCCUCUUCAUCCUGUGGAAGCGAUACGUGCACCACAGGCAGAUUAAGAAGGAAAGGAGCCUGCUUGAGGAGUUCAAGGAACAUCAGAGGAAACGUAUGCGUGAUCUCAACAUUGAGGAAAGCAGCGUGUCCCCCACCAGCUGUACUGUCUGCCUGAGCCAGGAACGGUCCUGCGUGUUUCUCGAAUGCGGUCACGUGUGUGCCUGCACCCAGUGCUACGAGGCCCUGCCAGAGCCAAAGAAAUGCCCCAUCUGCAGGGCAAUUAUAGACAGGGUGGUGCCUCUUUACAACAGUUAAUGUAGGGACUGUUGGAAAUACAGAAAUGAAAAUGUGGAGAAGACAUUCUCAGUCAUGGAGAACUUGGAAAUAUAUCAUUCAAAAUCUGUUCUUUCAAGCUUGGAAAGGGUUGCGUCUGUACUUUUUGUACUUUGGUUGGAGUUUUUUUUUGCUUACUCUUGCUUACUACUGAUGAAUGAUGAAUAGUAAGUAUCUCUGUGCUGAAUCACUUAAUCGCAUUUCCAAUCAAAUGUUGAAAUCAGAUUCGGAACCCGUGAUUCAUCUUGAGAGAGAAAAUGAGAUCUCGUCUUACUUAGACGCUGACAAAUAUUGAUUGAUCUUGGCCCUGUUUCCUGAUAACGAUUGAUCUUAGAAGUUAAAAGCAUUUCUACAAACACUAAAAAAUGUUCUUCUUAAUGUGACGCCAACAGCUUUCAGCUUGGAGCUUUCCCUCAAUAAUUUAUGUUACUGGAUGGAAGAAAAUAAACUUUAAUCGAUGCAACUGUUGCUUGAAUUUGCUGCUCUUAAGCACAUAUUAUACCUAAAAUAAAGCAGUGGCUGUUCACGUUUGAUGAAAGUACACAUCAUUUGUUAGGAAUGUCAUUCUGUCAUGGUUUCUGUAUUUGACCUUAAAGCAGCUAUAAUCAAUAUUUUUAAUAAACAAUGUGUCAGAUAA